AUGCCUGAUUGUCAUGCCUUGUCAAGAGUGUUUCCAUCCUAUGUAUUUGAAAGUAAAGGGAUAAACAACAAUGAUGUUGAUAGUACUACUAAUGUUGGUGAUGGAAGUGAUGAUACUUGUACUGCAAUCACCAUCCCAAGGUCCGCAAAUAUGACUCUGCUUGAAUUGCCCAACCUAACGAUAUUGAAAAUAGAUAGAUGUGAAGGUUUGGAAUAUAUAUUCACAAGUUCCACACUUGAAAGCCUUAAGCAACUAAAAGAAGUGAUGGUAGUAGAAUGCAAGGCAAUGAAAGUGAUUGUGAAGGAAUACGCAGAGCACACAGAAACAUCUAAAUCUAUAAUAGUCUUCCCACGUCUCAAGUCCCUUACACUGGUAGAUUUACCAGAUCUCAAGGGUUUCUUGUUGGUGAUGAAUGAGUUCAGGUGGCCAGUAUUGGAAAAGGUUGAGAUGUAUGGUUGCCCAUAA